CCUGUCUUUGUAUCAAGGAAAUAGGUCACAUUUCAGAGAAACUAGUCAACAAGCAGAUUCGUUGACAGAGGGUGGUAGCUAGGGGCACUGGUAGCUGGGCCUGGAUCCUGUCGCCUGACCACCUUCACACCCCCUAGGCCCUGGCACCCAGGCAGGUCUUUCCCUUCAUGGCACUUGGCCCUCCAAAGGACUGAAGAAGGCUGAGAGAGGCAAGGAAGCGUCAUUCUUUGGGCCUAGACCCUUGGAACCUUCAGAGGUUGUACUCUUGGGGAGUCCACAAUGCCAGACGCAGCUGCCCACCUGCCCUUCUUCUAUGGGAGCAUCUCGAGAGCAGAGGCAGAGGAGCACCUGAAGCUGGCAGGUAUGGCAGAUGGGCUCUUCCUGCUGCGCCAGUGCCUCCGUAGCCUUGGGGGCUAUGUUCUCUCACUGGUAUAUGACCUGCAGUUCCACCAUUACCCCAUCGAGCGUCAGCUGAAUGGCACCUAUGCCAUUGCUGGAGGCAAGCCUCAUUGUGGUCCAGCGGAGCUCUGUGAGUUCUACUCCAAAGAUGCUGAUGGCCUCCCCUGUGCCCUGCGUAAGCCUUGCAACCGGCCCAGUGGUAUGGAGCCCCAACCAGGAGUCUUUGACAGUCUUCGAGAGACCAUGGUUCGAGACUAUGUGCGCCAGACCUGGAAACUAGAGGGUGAUGCCCUUGAGCAGGCCAUUAUCAGCCAGGCUCCCCAGGUAGAGAAGCUCAUUGCCACCACAGCCCAUGAGAGGAUGCCCUGGUACCACAGCUCCAUCUCCAGAGAGGAAGCAGAGCGUAAACUCUACUCAGGCUCCCAGCAUGAUGGCAAGUUUUUGCUCAGGCCCAGGAAGGAGCAAGGCAGCUAUGCUUUAUCCCUCAUCUAUGGCAAGACAGUCUAUCACUACCUCAUUAACCAGGACAAGUCUGGCAAGUACUGUAUUCCAGAGGGCACAAAGUUUGACACCUUGUGGCAGCUGGUGGAGUAUCUGAAGCUGAAGGCUGACGGGCUUAUCUACUGCCUGAAAGAGAUUUGUCCUAAUGCCAAUGCUUCUACUGCUGCUGUGGUUGCUGCUCCCACGCUUCCUGUCCAUCCUUCCAUGCCCAGAAGGAAUGACACCCUCAACUCUGAUGGAUAUACCCCUGAGCCAGCUCGUCUGACCAAGAGUCAAGGAGAGAAGUCUCGGGUCCUGCCCAUGGACACCAGCGUGUAUGAGAGUCCCUACAGUGACCCCGAGGAGCUCAAGGAAAAGAAACUCUUUCUGAAAAGAGAGAAUCUGAUUAUCGAUGAGGUGGAGCUGGGCUCAGGAAAUUUUGGCUGCGUGCGCAAGGGAGUCUAUAAGAUGAGGAAGAAACAGAUUGACGUGGCCAUCAAGGUGCUUAAGAGCGCCAAUGAAAAGGCAGAGAAGGAAGAGAUGAUGAAGGAGGCGCAGAUCAUGCACCAGCUGGACAACCCCUACAUUGUGCGAAUCAUCGGCGUGUGCAAGGCCGAGGCCUUAAUGCUGGUCAUGGAGAUGGCCAUUGCGGGGCCCCUGAACAAGUUCUUGUCUGCCAAGAAGGAGGAGGUCCCUGUGAGCAAUGUUGUAGAGCUGCUGCACCAGGUGUCCAUGGGCAUGAAAUACCUAGAAGAAAAAAAUUUUGUGCACCGUGACCUGGCUGCCCGAAAUGUCCUACUGGUCAACCAGCACUAUGCCAAGAUCAGUGACUUUGGUUUGUCCAAGGCACUGGCAGCUGACGAUAGCUACUACACCGCUCGCUCAGCAGGGAAGUGGCCGCUCAAAUGGUACGCCCCAGAGUGCAUCAACUACCGGAAAUUCUCCAGCCGAAGUGAUGUAUGGAGCUACGGAGUCACCAUGUGGGAGGCUUUUACCUAUGGCCAGAAGCCCUAUAAGAAAAUGAAAGGCCCCGAAGUCAUCAAAUUCAUUGAAGAUGGGAAUAGAAUGGACUGCCCUUCUGAGUGCCCACCAGACAUGUACGCGCUCAUGAGAGACUGUUGGAUAUACAAGUGGGAAGAUCGUCCAGGCUUCUCAGAUGUGGAACAGCGCAUCAGAACCUACUAUUAUAGCCUGGCCAGUAAAGCAGAAGGGGUCGAAGAUGCUCCUCAAGCAGCAAAAGCCACCAGUGCCUGAGGAAUAAUCUCCCUUUCUCUGGAUUUUCUCACACCUUCCCAGAUCCUGGCCCUGCCCCUUGCUUCUUCUCAGAGAGGCUUGUCCCUCUGUCUCUCCUAUGCCAGCAAGAACACUUCCCCUUCCCCUCAGAUCCUGAAAUUCAUUCUCAUUUGCAUCUCUUCCCCUCACCAAAGGACUGAAAACUCCAGACUUUGGGAUGAAUUACUGGUCCUAUCUCUCUGCCUUCUUCUUUGAUGGACUUAAGCUUCAGUUCCAGGUUCCUCUCUACCGGAGUUGGAUGGCAUCUAGUGGGGAUGGUGUGGGAUGGUCUGUAGAGGGCCAGUCAAACCUAAGUUGAAGGUCCAAGGGAAACCAGGCAGAAGCUUCAUAUCAGUGAAAUAAACUCAGCUAUUUCUCU